AUGGUGGGCUUCGGGGCCAACCGGAGGGGCGGCCGUCUGCCUUCCCUCGUCUUCGUGGCGCUUCUGGUGGUGAUCGCCAUCCUCGCCUUCAACUGCUGGAACGCCUCGUCCCGCCAGGCCCUGCUGCAGGAGGAGGUGGCGGAGCUGCAGAGCCAGGCCAAGCGCACCGAGGUGGCCCGGGGGCGGCUGGAGAAGAGGAAUUCGGACCUGAUGGGCAAGGUCGACUCCCACAAGAAGCAGCUGGAGCAGAAGGAGGCCGACUACAGCCACCUGAGCAGCCAGCUGCAGGCCAGGGACAGCCAGGUGAAGAAGUGUGAGGACAGCAAGAUGAAGCUGCAGAACAACAUAUCCUAUCAAAUGGCAGACAUACAUCGUUUGAAGGAACAACUCGCGGAGUUACGUCAGGAAUUCAUUCGCCAGGAAGAUCAACUUCAUGAGUACAAGAAGAACAAUACUUACCUUACAAGGAGAUUGGAAUAUGAUAGUCUGCAGUGUGGGCAGCAGAUCAAGGAGAUGAGACUGCAACAUGAAGAAAACAUAAAGAAAUUAAUGGACCAAGUUGUGCGGGAACAAAAGGCCACACAAAAAAUCCAGUCCAGUAAAGACACUGAAGUAAGUCCUAAUAACGAUGACCAGGCAGUAUCUAAGACUGUUCCAGAGGCAGAAGAUAAAAACACAGUGAAGAAUGAGCAGCCUUCAGAUCAUGUUGUAAAUGGCAAAGAGAAAAUCAAACCAGGAGGAGAUGCAGGCAUGCCUGAAAUAGAAGAUAAUGACCCUGCUAAAGCUGAAGAUACUCCCAUGGCUUUAAAGAAGCCACUUAUUUCAGCUCCUAAAAGUGAAGGUCAUCAACCUGUUAUAAAUCUUCCAACUGAACAGCCCCAUGCUCCAAAUCUGGCAACAGGACUGCACAGUGACAAUGAUGGAAAUGCUGAUAUUGCAAAACAGAUACCUCCAAAUUCUCUCCAGCACUUAAAUUUUGAAGAAAAUAUGGAAAAUCAGAAAGAACGCAAAAUUGAGACAGACCAUAUAAAAAUCCCAAAGAACAGAGUUAGUGACUUGCAGAAGAUGAAGCAAAGCCGAUUCUUUGAUGAGAAUGAAUCCCCUGUUGAUCCGCAGCAGGGUUCUAAACUGGCAGAUUAUAAUGGGGAUGAUGGUAACGUGGGUGAGUAUGAGGCAGACAAACAAGCUGAGCUGGCUUACAAUGAGGAAGAGGAUGGUGAUGGUGGAGAAGAAGACGUCCAAGAUGAUGAAGAAAGAGAUCUACAAAACGACCUCGAUUACGGCAAGCCACGCUUCAGUGAUGGUGUUCUUUAAGGCUGGAAUUAAGCCGGAAAUGUGGAUGAGAAGAGAUCUUCACUGAGGAACUUGAAGUGCUGCAAAACUGAACCAUUUCUACUUCAGCGUUUCUUACUUUACAGGAAGCUGAUCAUUGCAAGUGACGAGUAUACUCAAAGUCAGCGCAGUAACAGAAGGAAACAGUUCUGUACAUAUGUACAUAGUUGUACUAUUGCAGAUUGUAUUAAAACUACAUUUUUGUUGUUACAUUGAGCCAAUUAGACUGUACCUUAUCUGUAAUAAUCUUUACAUUUAAAACCAAUAUUAUAAAUACGGGCUGAACUGUUUCUGCAAUUUAGAAAACUUUGUAAACUGGAGAACUUGUACAGUUUGUAUCUCAUGUAACAAAUACACUGUGGAAACAAUGUACAGCCAAAGGACUCCUUUUCUACAGUAAUACCUGUAUGAGCAAAACUACUCCUGCUUUUCUCACGAGUGCUAUGUUUUUGUAUUUUGCAGGUGAGCUAUCAGUUGAGAAUGAAACUGAACACUUAAAAAAAUUGCUCUUAAUGUAACUGAGGAAAGGCUGUGAU